AUGGCUUGUACGAGUACUUCGUACCUCUCUCUCGAACUACGAUAUAUCGGCAGCGCGGGAGCGGCACGACAGAGGCAUGGGCACCUGGAUGCAUCCCGCCAUUACGAGUACAAGCGUGCGUCGUCACCUCUUGGGAUCGCAAUUCGAGUCGUGCGUCUCGCACCGCCGCUUCGUGUUCAGACACAUAUUUCGUUCCAGGCCUGGAGUUCCUCGAACCAUCUGCAAGGUCUAGGGAACGGCUAUCGGUCCAGAGGCACAGCGCCAAGCACUGCUAUUUUCUUGACUGCAUCGUUUGCCAAUGGAGUCUCAGCCAAUCAAAGCCUUGGCAUUUUGACCUGCUCGCGCUGUAUUCCAUCCCGAGAAUGCCUCCGCACAGGACUCAGCCAAGGAUACGGCACUUGCAUGUACAGUAAACCAAAGGCCAUAACCCAUGCCCUGCAUCUGCAAAUGUACACCAAAAGUCCUCAUUUCAAAACUUUGAACCCUCAGGCUGUGGCCAGGGUUCUAGAAGGGAUACACAAGACAACGCGACGAACUGUGACGGGUCUCGACGAGCUUCGACAAGUCCGUGCUAGCUCGGCGCCAUCUCUGUCCAAUGGCACUAAUGCUGCAGGCUUUGAUUUCCGGGAGAGGAUCUUCCAGUGCCUCUUCAGAGCAGCUGGAAAGCCCACUUACGCAGUUUGGAUCAACCUGCAGCAAUGCCAGGGACAGGGGUGCUGCAGCUGGUUGUUCGAAUCCGGUCAAAGAGACACCAUGAAUGCUGUCCCUAGCUCACCAUCCGAAGCUCUCCAAUCUCCAGCGAGGUUACACCAGCCCGGAACUGCCAAGCUUUUGCCAUCGCCUGAGACAAGGCAGUGA